AAGCUGCUAAAGAUGCCGACAAAGAACGCCUCGUCCUGCUGCUCAAUGUGCAACUCGAACAAGCCGAGCAACUGCCACUCGAAAAUGUGUCGGUUGAUGAGUUGAAUGCUCUCGAGAAACAACUUCAAUCCUCGGACAACCAGAAGAGCCUCAAGUGCAACAACAGCUCGAGAAGAUCGCCGAAU